AUGAGCUCUAACAUAGGGUUCUCAUUUACCGAAAAGUUUUUCAUACGGCUUCUUAUGGUUUGCGGACUAUUACCAUUUCGUUUAAAUACCACAACAAAUCGAUUCGUGGAAAGUAGACGACAUUUUUGGGCCAGUAUUUUGCUGACAGUACUAUAUAUUUUGUUUGCUCCAUGGAUAUUUUGGAGUUCAGUAAGCAAAGGAUCACAUCCGAAGGGCUCAUUGAAUAGUUACAUGAUAGCUGUGCAGUUUGUGUUUAUGUAUAUCGUUGUAAUAAUAUCACGUAUAGAAGCGGUGAUUUGUCGUCAAAUGCUAUGCAAGCUAUUAAAUUCGCUUUUUGCUCUUCGUGAACAAGCAUCACAACAGUCAGGUGAUUUGAAAUUCCAUGGUCGUCUGGCGAGCAGCCUAUGGAUAAAAGUGAUAAUAUUUGAUUUGGGAAUGAUGAUCUUAUGUGCAUGUUUCUUCCCUAUACAUGGCUCCGAAAACACAUUAUUUGAACAAGUGGGGUUCGCACUGAUUGGGUUUAUAAAUCUGUUGUUAGUGAGUAGUAUGAAUGUCGUCAUCAACUUUCUUUUGAUCGUGCUGCAUAUCGCUUUAAACAUCUUUAGUGCCAUUAACGCACAUGAUCAAGAGCAUGCGCAUGAUCUGAAAGCCUCAAAAAAUACCGUGCGGCUGUAUCUAAUGCAUACGGAAACGACCGUUGUCGUUCAAAGUAUCAUUGAUGUCGUUAGCAAACCUUUGUUGCUGCUAAACAUUUGGUACUUCUUCAUCAUUGUGUUUUCGGUUUUUUAUACAUACACCCGGAUAGUUCAGGACGUUCAAGCUUGCGCGGAGGGAACUAUUCAAAAUAUCAUAAACCCAAUUUCGUUCUUUUUGAGUGAGGUAGCUCAAGUUUAUUUCAUGGUAUCUGCUUCGACAAUGUUCACGCAUCAUGCACGGCAGAUUAUUUCUUGUGUUAGCUGCUACACGGGGCGGAUUGCAGAUUAUUUCCAUGAUCAAACGAUUGAACUACUUACUAUUGAAUAUCUAGGACGAGAUCAUGCUCUUCGCGUAAGAGGUCUGUUCGCGAUAGACAAUACGAUGUUGUUCUCUUUAAUUUGUUUUGUAGAUCGUUGCUAGCACCACGAGCUACAUGAUUAUUUUAGUACAAUAUUAUCUACAGGAAUGAAUGAGACAUCUUCGUAUCGUUCUACAUUAUGGAUCAUGUACCAUCGUACAAUCGAAGAGUAUUCUACCGCCGCGUGCAUUAAAUAUUUCUGA